CCAAAGUCAGUGGGAUCUGUGAGCUCCUAUCACGGGCAAGUCCUUUUGUCACAUGUCAGUUGGUAAAUUUCAGGUACAGAAGUUCAGAAAUUCAGAGGAUGCCCUAAGAACUGAUCCUCCGCAGGGAGGCAGAGAGGAAGGAGAGACUGGCACAUGCCUCGAGUCUUCGGGUGGCAUGUAGCCCUGCAGGCAAGACCGCAAGGAAUCCCCCGAACGGUCUCUCCCCUUCUCCAGCUGCAUGGCCACCACUGCCAUGCCGGCCACCAACCAAGGCUGGCCCGAGGACUUCGGCUUCCGGCUGGGCGGCUCGGGUCCCUGCUUCGUCCUGGAGGUGGCCGAAGGGAGCAGCGCACACGCCGGGGGUCUGCGUCCUGGGGACCAGAUUCUGGAGAUAGAAGGGCUGGCCGUGGGCGGCCUGAGCCGCGAGCGCCUCGUGCGCCUAGCCCGGCGCUGCCCACGCGUGCCGCCUAGCCUGGGCGUGCUCCCCGGUCCCGACAGCUGCCCUGGCGCGGUAUCCGGUUGCGGGUCCCCGACCACAGCCUGCCGGGCCUUGCGCUCAGGGCGCGGCCUCUCUCUGGGCCGGGAGCUGCUACGCCUGGCCGGCCGCAAGCGCCCAGACGCCGUGCACCGAGAGCGCAAGCGCAAGGCCCAGGAGUUCAGCCGAAAGGUGGACGAAAUCUUGGGGGACCAGCCGGCUGCCAAGGAGCAGGUGUUCACGGCACUGAAGCAGUUCGCGGCUGAGCAGCGGGUAGACACCCUGGUGUGGGCGCUCACCCUGGCACUGCCCCCUGAGGCCUGUGGGCCCCUCCUGGAGAACCUCAGGAUCUUCAUCCCCAAGAAACACAGGGCGCGCUUCGACGAGGUGGUGUCGCAGGGUCUCCUGGGCAAGCUGUGCCGCGCCCGGCGAGCGCAGGGCGCUCAGCGGCUGCGCCGGAGCCGCAGCGAGGAGCGGCCGGAGCGCCUCCUGGUGUCCACGCGCGCCAGCGCCGCCCCGCGCCGCCCCGACGAGCCGCCCCCGCGCAAGGCCGCCUCUCUGCUGGGCGGUCGCCCCGGCCCCGGGGGCGCGCGCAGGACGGUCCGAGUCUACAAGGGCAACAAGAGCUUCGGCUUCACGCUGCGCGGCCACGGACCUGUCUGGAUCGAGUCUGUCCUGCCUGGGAGCCCGGCUGACAAUGCUUCCCUCAAGUCAGGUGACCGGAUCCUCUUCCUCAACGGACUGGACAUGAGGAACUGCUCCCACGACAAGGUGGUGUCCAUGCUGCAGGGCAGCGGGGCCAUGCCCACGCUCGUGGUGGAGGAGGGGCUCGUCCCAUUCGCCAGCGACUCUGACUCUAUGGAUUCACCCAACCCGUCGUCAGCACUCACCUCCCUGCAGUGGGUGGCGGAGAUCCUGCCGUCCAGCAUCCGGGUCCAAGGGAGGACCUUCAGCCAGCAGCUGGAGCACCUGCUCACGCCUCCUGAACGCUACGGCGUCUGCCGGGCCCUGGAGAGCUUCUUCCAGCACAGGACCAUCGACACCCUCAUCGUCGAUGUCUACCCGGUGCUGGACACGCCCGCCAAGCAGGUCCUUUGGCAGUUCAUCUACCAGCUGCUGACUUACGAGGAGCAGGAGCUCUGCCAGGAGAAAAUCGCCUGCUUCCUGGGCUACACGGCCAUGACCGCAGAGCCGGAGCCCGAACUGGACCUGGAGCCCGAGCCGGAGCCGGUGCCCGAGCCCCAGCCGCGGAGCUCCCUGAGGGCCUCCUCCAUGUGCCGCCGCAGCCUGCGGUCCCAGGGCCUGGAGGCCAGCCUCGGCUGUGGUCCCAGCGACUGCCCGGACGUGCCCCUUCCUCUGAUCCCAGGCGAGCGCCAGGCGGGCGACGGCACAUCCCUCCCCGAGACCCCCAACCCCAAGAUGAUGUCAGCUGUCUAUGCAGAGCUGGAGUCCCGACUGAGCAGCAGCUUCAAAGGGAAGAUGGGGACGUCCUCCAGAUCCCGAGCCUCCCCGCCGGUGCCCAGCACGGCAGGCACAGCAGGGCCCAGGAACCUGUCCAGUGUCUCAUGGCCCAGUGAGCAGCUCCUGCCCUCCCCCUGCUACUACCCGCUGUGCUCAGAGGGCCUGGCCUCCCCCAGCAGCUCCGAGUCCCACCCCUACGCCAGCCUGGACAGCAGCAGGGCGCCCUCCCCACAGCCGGGCCCCGGGCCUGUCUGCUCUGACAGCCCCCCGAGCCCAGACCCUGGCCGCCCGCCCAGCCGCAGGAAGCUCUUCACCUUCUCCCGCCCGGUGCGGAGCCGGGAUACUGACCGCUUCCUGGACGCGCUGAGUGAGCAGCUGGGCCCCCGGGUCACCAUCGUGGACGAUUUCCUGAGCCCCGAGAAUGACUACGAAGAGAUGAGCUUCCACGACGACCAGGGCAGCUUUGUCACCAACGAGAGGAGCAGCGCCAGCGAGUGUAUCAGCAGCAGUGAGGAAGGCAGCUCCCUGACCUACUCCUCCAUCUCCGACCACAUCCCCCCGCCCCCGCUCAGCCCCCCACCCCCCCCACCCCUGCCCUUCCAUGACCCCAAGCCCAGCUCCCGCACCCCCGAUGGCCCCCGGGGCCCCGCUCCGACGCUGGCCAAGCCCCUCACCCAGCUCAGUCACCCAGUCCCUCCACCGCCCCCACCACCCCUGCCCCCACCUGUCCCCUGUGCACCCCCCAUGCUGUCCCGGGGCCUGGGCCACCGCCGCAGUGAGACCAGCCACAUGAGCGUCAAGCGCCUGCGGUGGGAGCAGGUGGAGAACUCAGAAGGCACCAUCUGGGGUCAGCUUGGGGAAGACUCUGACUACGAUAAGCUGAGCGACAUGGUGAAGUACCUCGACCUGGAGCUCCACUUUGGCACCCAGAAACCUGCAAAGCCGGUGCCCGGGCCUGAACCCUUCAGGAAGAAGGAGGUUGUGGAGAUCCUUUCCCACAAGAAGGCCUACAACACCUCCAUCCUGCUGGCGCAUCUGAAGCUGAGCCCUGCGGAGCUGCGGCAGGUGCUCAUGAGCAUGGAGCCCCGGCGCCUGGAGCCCGCGCACUUGGCGCAGCUGCUGCUCUUCGCGCCCGACGCCGACGAAGAGCAACGCUACCAGGCCUUCCGCGAGGCGCCCGGCCGCCUCAGCGAGCCGGACCAGUUCGUCCUGCAGAUGCUCUCGGUUCCCGAAUACAAGACCCGCCUGCGCAGCCUCCACUUCCAGGCCACCCUGCAGGAGAAGACGGAAGAGAUCCGGGGCAGCCUGGAGUGCUUGCGGCAGGCCUCCCUCGAGCUCAAGAACAGCCGGAAGCUCGCCAAGAUCCUGGAGUUUGUGUUGGCCAUGGGCAACUAUCUCAACGAUGGGCAGCCCAAAACCAACAAGACCACGGGCUUCAAGAUCAACUUCCUGACGGAGCUGAACUCCACCAAGACAGUGGACGGGAAGUCCACCUUCCUGCACAUCCUUGCCAAAUCGCUGAGCCAGCACUUCCCCGAACUCCUGGGCUUUGCUCAGGACCUGCCCACCGUGCCCCUGGCUGCCAAAGUGAACCAGCGGGCCCUGACCAGUGACCUGGCGGACCUCCAUGGCACCAUCGGUGAGAUACAGGCCGCCUGCCAGAGCAUGUCCCCCUCCAGCGAGGACAAGUUUGCCGUGGUCAUGGCGUCCUUCCUGGAGACGGCCCAGCCGGUGCUGCGGGCGCUGGACGGGCUGCAGCACGAGGCCAUGGAGGAGCUGGGCAAAGCGCUGGCCUUCUUUGGAGAGGACUCCAAAGCCACCACUUCUGAGGCCUUCUUUGGCAUCUUUGCAGAGUUCAUGAGCAAGUUCGAGCGAGCGCUCGGCGACCUGCAGGCUGGGGAGGGCAUGCGCAGCUCGGGGAUGGUUUCGCCCCUGGCCUGGUGACGGUGGUGGCCUCGAGUUCUCUGUGGCCUGAGCGCGGAGACGGACUCUGAAGGCUGCGCCCCAGAGGGUCGCCCAGGCCCAGAGCAGCCCGGAUGCGGGAGAGGGGCUCAGCCAUGCAGGCAUCUCCAGCUACCUCAGCCGGCAAGCUUUGACCGCAAUGGUGCGGGGAUCUGCUGGGGUCCCCUUCUCGGGGCCAAGCCAGGGCCUCUGAGCAUUGGGGGCGCAGGGUGGGAGCCAAUGCACCCACUCCCCGGAAGUGCGAACCACACGCCACCUAGCCCUUCCUGCGCCUUGCCCCUCCCCCCUCACACCCAGGAGCCCUUUGGACAUCGGGGUCCCAGGGAGGGGGUUCUCCCACCAGUGGGUGGAUUGUGAUGUGGCCAGAGUGUGCCUGGACCCCAGGAAGGAUGUCCAAACCUUCCCUGAGCCGGCUGGGAGUGGGCCCAGGAGACACCCGCGGGACUCAAACCCACAGACCUCGGACCCUGGGGGAGGCAGCAAACACCCUUGAACAUGCCACAGCGCUGGGCACGAUAAGGCCGGGGGCGGUGGGUCUCUCACCCAAGCUGGGGCCUCCGGGGGCUGUUUGGAAGAACACAGGAAGGCUGGAAGAACAAACCCAAAGACAGGGACCUGGGGGGUGGGGCAGGGGGUGGGCCAUCCCUUAGGCUGGGUCUUGGAAACUGGAAAAAACUUGUGUUUGCUGCGGCCCAGAAGCAAGGCAGGAGGAGAAAAGCUGGGCAGAGGUAUAGGAAGGGAUCAAGAGGAACCCUCUAUGCCCCAUGGCAGAACUGAGGUUUUUAUUCCAGCAGACAAACUUAAACCCAGUUUGGAAGUGAUCACUUAAAAGUGGGGAGUCUGGAGAGUUCCCGUCGUGGCUCAGUGGUUAGCGAAUCCGACUAGGAA